AUGGCGCCCACGACCGCGGCGGCGAAGACUCCUGAGGAAGUCGCAAGAGAAAAUGAUCUCCUCCCCAAGCUGGUCACGCAUCUGGACCGCCACUUAAUCUUCCCGCUCCUCCAGUUCGUGGCAGACCAGGAAGAUGAGCCGUCCCCGGAAAUCACCAAGGCGAAAUAUGAGCUGCUCAAGAAGACGAACAUGACCGAUUAUGUGGCAAGUCUCUACUGUGAGAUGCACGGCGUGGAGGAGGCGCCCAAGGAGUUUGCGGUGAAGAGGCAGCAGGUUCUCGACAAGUUGGAGUCGCUUGGCCAGGAGAGCGCGAAGAUCACGGAUUUAUUGGGCAGAGAGGAUGUUGUCACUAGUCUGAGGAGUGAUAAGGUUGCUAACUUGGAAUACCUGAAGAAGGAGCAUGAUGUUACUCUCGAUAUGGUGAACGUCCUCUACGACUUGGGUAACUUCCAAUAUAGCUGCGGUAACUACCAAGCUGCUGCCGAACUCCUCUACCAAUUCCGAGUCCUCUCCACCGACAACGACAAAGUCACAGCUGCAACAUGGGGGAAGCUGGCUUCCGAGAUCCUGACCACCAACUGGGAGUCUGCAAUGGAGGAGGUUCAAAAGGUGAAGGAAUCCAUCGACACCAAGCUCUUCAACAACCCUCUCGCACAACUCAACCACCGGACAUGGCUCAUCCACUGGGCUCUCUUCCCCUUCUUCAACUACGAACCUGCCCGCGACACCAUCUGCGAGCUCUUCUUCUCCGCCCCGUUCAUUAACACAAUCCAAACUGCGUGCCCAUGGAUCUUACGUUACCUCACCGCAGCGGUCAUCACCAACCGCAGCCGAACACGCAACACUGGCCAGUACCAAAAGCAACUCAAAGACAUUAUUCGCAUUGUCAAGCAAGAGAACUACGAAUACAGUGACCCCAUCACUGAUUUUAUCAAGGCGUUGUACAUCGAUUUCGACUUCGAGGAAGCGCAAAAGAAACUCUCUGAGGCCGAGGAAGUCCUCCGUUCGGAUUUCUUCCUCGUCGCCGCUUCGGAAUCCUUCGUCGAGGCUGCACGACACUUGAUUUCUGAAAGCUACUGCAAGAUCCACCAAAGGAUUGAUAUAAAGGACCUGAGCGCCAGAUUAGGCUUGAACCAGGACGAAGGCGAGAAGUGGAUUGUGAACCUGAUCAGAGACACCAGGGUCGAUGCCAAGAUCGAUUACAAGGAGGGCACGGUCGUGAUGAACCACCCGCCAAGCAGCGUCUACCAGCAAGUGAUUGAGAGAACGAAGGGUGGCUUCUUCCGGACACAAGUGUUAAGUGCAGCCGUGGCGAAGUGA